AUGCCGUGCCGCAUACUUCUCCGCCAGACGAACGCUCUUAGUACCUCGAUUACAAGCAGCGCUUCGUGGUCUCGCCCCUACACGAGCCGAAUUGCUUUCGCUCGCCCGUCCAGGAUCUGGACUACUCCGCGAGCUAUGCGCGACGGGUGGGAACUCUUGGGCGCAUUCUUCAAGGGCAAGGCCGGACGUGCAGCCAUGCACACGUAUCUUGAGGGCCUAUGCGACCGCCUGUACGAUGACUUACGGCCACGCAUUCUGCACGAAAGCCGACUUUCGGCAUUGGGCGAGAUCUACGCUGAACUCAGAGCGCUCAUGGUCUUCGAUGCACUCGUGUCUGGCACUGACGAGUUCAAACCGGACGAAGAUGUCGAGGAGCUGAGUAUGCCGGACACAGAUGGUACGAAGGUGAAGAAGUAUAAGGGUCUCGGUGCACCUCCAGUCGCGGCGCUACUCCCAGCCGUCUUUUCUUCCGCGCUCAGCGGCCAUCCAGAGCGAGAUCCGCGAUUUCGUGCCCAAGGGCAGCGAUCCGGCAUAUCUGUUAUAGUUCUCGGCAAGGAUCGCCAAGGCAACUCCUUGCCGCCGCGUGAGAAGGAUUCAGGCGCUCGAAUAUUCUUGGGCGCCAAACUUGACCGCGGUACCCUACACUCGGUUGCGCCGCAUGGGUCCUUAGCCAACUUGGCGAGUUCGUGCAGCCAGCGAUCUUCGCCGACCUCGCAUCCGAAGCGCUCGCACUCACACGUGCCUCCCCUACCCCAGCCGCCUCCGUCUCCCUCCACUCGACUGCGCCCUCUUCCCCGCGCGCCACCUCAUUCCCAAAGAAAUCGCACGCGCCCUUGA